CCUCCAAUAUUUUGUGUGCCGUUAUAUUUCCCACGAAAAAAUUCUAAAUCUUCCUCCAACCCACAAAGAAGAACGCAAAAGAAAGAAAAGCUUAACAACAUUAACAAUGGAGCUUUUCCUCAUCUCUCUCUUAAUCCUUUUGUUCUUCUUUCUUUCUCUUACUCUUUUCAUCCUCUUCCACAAUCACAAAUCCUUAUUCUCUUAUCCCAACACUCCUCCUGGCGCCAUCGGCCUUCCCAUACUCGGCGAGAGCGUCGAGUUCUUAUCAUCUGGUUGGAAAGGCCAUCCUGAGAAGUUCAUCUUCGAUCGUUUGAAUAAGUACAAGUCAGAUGUGUUCAAAACCUCGAUCGUGGGAGUUCCAGCCGCCAUUUUCUGCGGCCCUAUUUGUAACAAGUUCCUCUUCUCUAACGAGAAUAAACUGGUUACUCCUUGGUGGCCAGAUUCCGUGAACAAGAUCUUCCCCUCUACAACUCAGACUAGCACCAAAGAAGAAGCUAAGAAACUCAAGAAACUCCUUCCGCAAUUCCUUAAACCCGAAGCGCUUCAGCGUUAUAUUGGAAUUAUGGACGAACUUGCUGAACGCCAUUUCAAUUCCUUUUGGAAGAACAGAGAAGAGGUCCUCGUGUUUCCUCUUGCUAAAAGCUUCACAUUCUCAAUAGCGUGCCGACUGUUCAUGAGCGUGGAAGAUGAAAUUCACGUGGAGAGAUUAUCGGGACCAUUCGAGCACAUUGCAGCAGGAAUCAUAUCGAUGCCGAUCGAUUUACCAGGAACGCCAUUCAAUAGAGCAAUAAAGGCGUCAAAGUUCAUCAGAAAGGAAGUGGUGGCGAUCGUGAGGCAGAGGAAACAGGAUUUGGCGGAAGGAAAGGCGUUGGCGACGCAGGAUAUUUUGUCCCACAUGCUUCUAACGUGCGAUGAGAAUGGUGUGUACAUGAACGAAUCAGAUAUCACCGAUAAGAUUCUUGGGUUGUUGAUCGGCGGCCAUGACACUGCCAGUGUUGCAUGCACCUUCAUCGUUAAGUUCCUCGCUGAGCUUCCUCAUAUCUACGAUGCUGUAUAUACAGAGCAAAUGGAAAUAGCAAGAGCAAAAGCGGAAGGGGAAACGUUGAAGUGGGAAGACAUUAAGAAGAUGAAAUAUUCAUGGAAUGUGGCUUGUGAGGUUCUAAGAAUUGCUUCCCCACUCCAAGGUGCCUUUAGGGAAGCCUUAAGUGACUUCGUUUUCAAUGGUUUUUUCAUUCCCAAGGGUUGGAAGCUAUAUUGGAGUGCAAACUCGACACACAAAAACCCCGAGUACUUCCCAGAACCUUAUAAGUUCGAUCCGGGAAGAUUUGAAGGAAAUGGACCAUUACCCUACACAUUUGUGCCGUUUGGGGGAGGGCCAAGGAUGUGCCCUGGUAAGGAGUAUGCAAAGCUUGAGAUUUUGGUGUUCAUGCAUAAUUUGGUGAAGAGAUUCAAAUGGACAAAGCUUCUUGAAAAUGAAAACAUCAUUGUUAACCCAAUGCCAAUCCCUCAAAAAGGUCUCCCAGUUCGCCUUUUUCCUCAUCAACCUCUUUCUCUUUAAUUUACCCUAAAUAAUAAUUCCCAUAAAUAUGAUAUAAUAUACUCUUUUAUUUCAACUACUCUUCCUCUUAUUAUAUGUUAUCAAUAAAUUUUCAUAUAUAUUUAUGCCCUAA